AUGAGUGGCGAGGUCGAUUUCUGGACUGCCACAAUCGCGGCGUAUCAGCCUCUGCAGCUUCCUUCACCAGAGCUGAGCGAGAAGUUGCUGAAGAGACCACCAUUUCGUUUUAUUCACGACAUCGUUUGCAGCAUUGAUGCACGGUUCGCGGCGUACGACCAUGUGAUUCCCGUCGCGCUACGCAACUCCGCCCAGGUCGACACAAAGGAGAAAAAGAUUGAAUACUUGACGAUUCUCAUCCAAUACAUCAACAAGCUCAUGAAGGUGGAGAUAGACGUCAACCCGAAAAAAAUUGUGUCAGGUCACGAGCCCGAGAAGACGAAUGUCUUUCUUCAAUACCUCGCCUCUUGCAUCGGCUAUGCGCAGCAGGAUAAGGCAGCCCAAGCGGCCUCUGGACCAGGUCAGAAUAGUACAGCCCUGGCCUUUAGCUCUCCGUCGACAGCUGCAGCGCCAUUCUCGACCCAUCUGACACACGGCAACUUGUCCCUUCAUCCACCUAGCAGUCUCGAUCGAAUGAAGUCGCGCUCGAUGAGCCCCACUGAGCGUCGUAAUUCUCACGCCUCUGCCCUUGAUGAGGCAGCGAAGUUUCACAAGAAGCUAAAUGGCUACUCGCUGAACCUAAACCUCAAUGAUCAGCGUGAUGUGCGAGCCGAGGGUGAGAGUAUUGUCCGGAUGUGGAACGAGCUCGUCAGCCCGAUGGCGGAAACGAAGCCUUCACACUUGUCCCUAGAGGCUCUUGAGACAGCCAUCAAGCGACAGAUCGAGACGACGAAGAUGAUGCAGGAGCUACUGAGCGAGAAUGACCGCAUUAUUGACAAGUUAGAAUCACUUGUUACGUGA